AUGGAAAAUUUAAGGAAUCUCAAGAUUUUAAGUAUUCAAAGUAAUCGGCUAACCCAAAUAAAAGGACUUGAGGGACUUAUUAAUUUGGAAGAGAUUUAUUUGAGCCAUAAUGGCAUAAAUGAACUUGGAGGAUUUGAAAAUAAUAUGAAAUUAAGGGUAAUCGAUAUUAGCAAUAACAACAUAAAGCAUAUUGAAAAUAUCGCACACUUAGAAAAUUUGGAAGAAUUUUGGGCCAGCAAUAAUCAUCUCAGUGAUUUUGAAGAACUCUCGUCGCAACUUUCACACCUUAAAAAAUUGACGACAGUUUAUUUUGAAGGAAAUCCUUUGCAAAAGGAACAACAAUCUUUAUACAGACUCAAAGUGAAAACCCACUUACCACAACUUACUCAAAUAGAUGCUAC